UGAUUGGUUGUUUGUUCUUAUUUCGCUUUCUCUCCUCUUCUUUUCUCUUUCUCAUUCCUAUUCGAACCUCUCAUUUCCAUCUCUUUCUUUCUCCCUCUCAUCACCUCAUUACUCUUUAUUUUACUCCAAUAAAAAAACAUGACUGAAACUCUCAAGUUCACUGCUGCAGAUAUUGGCAAGGUGCAACACAUCCUUGCCAACGACAACCAUGAGCAUCGUCGUCAGAUGCUUGAUUUUGCAGCCAAGGACCCUAUCUAUGUUCCUCGUUAUGAUAUCUCACUUGAGGCCAAACGUGAGUUGGCGUUGCAACGCCUUCGUCGUUUAGCACAUGCGGGAUACAUCUCCGUUAUGGACUUUGAAAAGAAUCCCCUUCGUGUUUUCUCUGCACACGAAAUUGCUGGUAUGAUCGAUGGAAGCAUGGGUACAAAGAUGACUGUCCAAUGGAACUUGUUUGGAGGUACCGUGAUCAAACUUGGGACAGAAAGGCAUCGCAAACUUUUGCCCAAGAUUGAUGAUAUGAGCGCGAUUGGGUGCUUUGGUCUCACAGAGCUGGGCUAUGGCAACAACGCGAUCGAGAUGGAGACGACUGCUCACUAUCUUCCUGAGACACACGAAUGGGAGAUUCAUACACCCACAGUCAAGGCCCAGAAGUACUGGAUCACCAACUCCGCUGUUCAUGCCAAGUGGUGCAUCGUUUUUGCCCAGACAUUUGUUGCUGGCAAGGAUGAGGGUAUUCACGCUAUUUUGGUCCGUAUCCGUGAGGAAGACAUGACUCCCUCCAAGGGUGUACGUAUCGAGGAUAUGGGUGUCAAGUUUGGCUGCAAUGGUGUUGAUAACGGUAAACUCUUCUUUGAUCAUGUCCGUGUCCCUGCUGAGAACAUUUUGAACAAGUACUCCGAUGUCUCACCUGACGGAAAGUUUACUUCUUCGAUUAACAACCGCCGUGGACGUUUCCUCAGAGUCGCCGAUCAAUUGCUAUCAGGUCGUCUCGCGAUCGCUUCGCUCUGCCAGGGUGGCGCCAAGGUCUGCUUGGCCAUUGCUUUCCGCUAUGCAAACAGUCGUCUUUGCGUUGGCCCCAAGGGCAAGAGUGAUACGCCCAUCUUGGUCUACCAACUCCAACAACGUGCUCUUCUGCCUUUGCUUGCUCAGACCGUUUGCUUGAACAUUGGAUUGAACUACUGCAAGGAGCGCUGGGCGGCAGCAUCGCUUAAGAAGAAUCCAGCGGAUGCGGAGGAAGUGGUUCGUCUCUGCUGCGUGAUCAAGCCUCUUGUGACCUGGAACAACGAGCGCGUGGCGACCACUUGCCGUGAGCGCUGCGGAGGUCAGGGCUACUUGUCCGUGAACCGUUUCGGGCAAUUCAUUGCAUUCUCACACGCUGGCAUGACCGCCGAGGGAGACAACUCUGUGUUGAUGCAGAAGGUUGCAAAGGAGAUUGUCACACUUUUACAAAAGGGACAGUUGGACCUGAGUGGAUUGCCUAACCCCAAAGAAGCAGCCAACUGGGAUAUCACUAGCUUGGAUACCUUGUUCAAGUUGUUCCAAUUGCGUGAGGUUGGUCUGUUCAAGGAGUUGGCGUCAGCAAUGCAGAGCAAGAUGAGCAAGGGUAAGCCUUUGUUUGAUGUCUGGAUGGGUGAGGAAUCGGAUACGAUCCAGGCAGCUGCCAAGGCCUACGGUGAACGCCUCUGCUUUGAACAGACGCUCAAGGCUAUCUCGACUGUCGAUGGGGGUGCCAAGGCUAUCUUGGAGACUUUGUUGCGUCUUUGGGGGUUGUCGAUGGUUGAUCAGUAUUUGGCCUGGUACAUGACUCGCGGUUUGGUCUCGCAGCAGACGGCUAUGAAGGUGCCUCAGCAUGUGCGAGAUGUGGUUGCGAUUGUUGGAGAGCACUCAUUGUCGAUCAGUGACAUUAUGGGUGUGGAUGAGCGUUUGAUCUUUGCGCCCAUUGCUGGAGGCUCUGGUGGUUGGGAGAUCUAUAAUGAGAUCGACAACAAGGGUGAACUGAUGUCCCAUGAACUGCUCCAGACCAAGGGCUUCACAGCUCAUGAGGCCUUUGGUACUCCCAAGUUGUAAAGGAAAGAGACGAAAGGUUGUAAAUAGCAGCAGCGGCACGCGUGUU